CCUGGCCCCCAGGCCAGGCUCCUCCCCACGCUGGCCAUGGUGUCCCUCCCCUGGCCUCACUGGCUGUCCAGCGCUGCCCCACUGCACUCUCACGUGGCUGGCCUGCCCCUGCCUCGAACGCCGUCCCCUCUGAGUGGCCUCGCGGAGCCUUGCUCUCCCCUCAAGACCCAUUCCUGUGCCGCCUGGCCUCCAGCCUCCCCCAGACUGAGGGGUGGAGGGGCCCCUGGCGAGCCUGGACCCGUGUCCCCACAGACGGAGCGCCUGACGGCGGAGCAGAUCGAGGAGUACAAGGGAGUCUUUGAGAUGUUUGAUGAGGAGGGCAACGGGGCGGUGAAGACGGACGAGCUGGAGCGGCUCAUGAGUCUGAUGGGCAUCAACCCCACCAAGAGCGAGCUGGCCUCCAUGGCCAAGGAAGUGGACAGAGACAAGAAAGGGUUCUUCAACUGCGACAGCUUCCUGGCGCUGAUGGGGGUGUACUGGGAGAAGGCCCAGAACCAGGAGAGUGAGCUCAGGGCGGCCUUCCGCAUCUUCGACAAGGAGGGCAAGGGCUACAUCGACUGGGACACGCUCAAGUACGUGCUCACGAACGCGGGCGAGCCCCUCAGCGAGCUGGAGGCCGAGCGGAUGAUGCAGGAAGCCGACAAGGAUGGGGACGGGACCAUAGACUACGAGGAGUUCGUGGCCAUGAUGACUGGGGAGUCCUUCAAGCUGGUCCAGUAGGAGCAGCCACUGCGGCCGUGGGAAGCCCGCUGCCUGCUGCCAUCACCCUGCUGCCCACCCUGUCAUCCACCCCACGCCGGCUCCGUGGCCAAUAAACGCUCCAGCCAGACUCGUGUGUGCUUCACUG